AUGUACAACUUUGAGGCAGAAGCUGGAGCCUCCAAAGUUGACUCUGCAAGUGAAUACACAGCUGGAGAGAACAUCAAAGGUGAUUAUAUAGCCACUCAAACUGGACCUGCUGAUAAUACAAGUCAAAUCAAGGACAAAAUUGAUGGAACCAAAGUUCCAGUUGAGUGGGAACACAUGGCAGGGCUGUACAAGACCAUUGAGCCUGGACAACUGGGCCCACACAAUGUCUUAGUGGCUGCUCUGCAAGAUGGCAUUGAUAUCACUGCAGCAAAACUAAUUAAUCUACUGAUCAAUGAGCCUGUGAAUGCUUCCUGCCCACUUUAA